ACCGAACUAAAUUCAGACUGUCUUAAUCUUAUUUUUGAUGAACUAAUAUAUGAUAAGAAAUCUUUACAUUCUUGUCUAUUAGUUAAUAAAAGAUGGUGUAACGUUGUAGUUACAAUUUUAUGGAAAAAACAUGCAUGGAGUGAUUGUGUUAAAUAUCUUAGAGAAGUAAAAAUGAGAAGGGUUUUCAAGACGAUACUUAGUUUUUUAUCAUCAUCAUCAAGAUUAUUUUUAUCUGAUAAUGAAAUUUCUAUACCUCCAAUAAUUCCUGAAACUACUCCAACAUUUAACUAUAUUAGUUUUUGUAAUUUUCCUGAAGAUGAAAUUAUAAAAAUAAUUAUGAGAGCAAUUUUUAAAAGAAUUAGAAGCGACGAUAAAAAAAAAAUUUUAGAACAAGAAAUUUAUAAAUUAUUUAUUAGUCAAUGCAAGAAUAUUAGAGAAAUUCAUUUACAGACUACUCAUCCCUUAAAUUCAUUUCCUGGUGCUUCAGAAUGUUUUUCUCAACUUUAUAGUUUACGUAUUGAUAUGAAAUCUGUAAAUUCUGAAAUUAUUCAUGGAAUGGCGCAACUUUGUAAAGAUUUGAAUUCUUUAUCUAUUUAUAAUUUUUCUGAAGAUAAUCUUGAAUUAAUUUCUUUAAUUAAUUCUCAAAAGAAAAAUUUAAAAGAAUUAUACAUUUAUGCUACCAAUGAUAAUGUUGAAAAACUUAAACAAUGUCUUUCGAAUUCAGAAUUUCCUAAUCUUAAAAUUCUUGGAGUUACUGGAUUAAAAUGUUUUAAAGAAUUGGCAAUGUUAAUUGAGAAAACUAAAGGAAAUAUUUCACGUAUUUAUGUUUAUACUACCGAUAAAUGGGCUAAAGAUACAGAAUUAUUAAUUCAAGCAGUUUCAAAAAAUUGUCCAAAAAUUAAAUUUUUACGUACAUAUAUCGAACCAAAAUAUUUCAUCAAUAUAAAAUCUGUAUUAUUAAAUUGUAAAAAUUUAGAAAAUUUGAGACUUGAUAAUAUUAAUAGGCCUAGAUAUGAUGAAGAAAAUACAGGUGAUGAAUUAUUAAAUAUUUUAUCUGAAUUUUCUCCUGAUUCUUUAAUUAAUAUAACUCUUAGUGAAGAUUGGAAAUUUUCUAUUGAUACUUUGACUCGAUUUCUUGAGAGUUAUAGAGUACGAACCUUAAAUGAAUUUGAUAUCAUACAACGUAAUAUAUCUAAUAUUACUUUAAAUCAUUGUGAUAUUAUUAAUAAAUACAUUAAAGAAGGGGUAAUAAAGAGAUCAAAUUGUACUCAUAUGAAACAUAUCAGGAUAAAUGAUUCGGAUACUUCAGAUUCGGAUGAUAUGUUUUGGUAAGACAAUCUUUUUGUUAAAAUUUUGAUUAUAGUUGAUCAAAAGAUUUUUUUAAAAGGUUACUAAAGUUAAUUGAGUAUUUCUUUAAAAUUAGUUAGUUUUUCAAUAUUGAUUUUCUGUAACAAAAAAUAUCAUUUUUUUUUUAAAAAAAAUAUUUUACUAUUUGUAAACACAUAU